CAGCCUCUAUGGACACCCAGGAGGUGUGCGCCACGCAGGGCUGUUCCCUCCUGGUCCGGAUUUACAACUGCCACCGUUGGUCUCCGCUUGCCUCUGCCGGCCGGGUCGGCGCUCCCCGGCUCUCCCACUCCCCAAGCUGCCCUUGGCCUUUCUCAUUUUAUCUAUCUCGGAGGUGCUGGGAAAGCUGAGGAGAAUCAGACCAGCCCCAGGUCCCCUCUCCCCAGCGUCCCCCAUGUCCCCUGCCACCAGCACGAGAAGAAACGGCCACAUGGUCCAGAGAGCCCCGCUCCCACCCCUGCUGCUCCUGUCACUGUUGAUCCCAGGCUCGUGGGCUGUACCAGACGCACAGCCACUUCACCGAGUGGCGGGGCAGACGCUUUCUGUGAGAUGCCAGUACCCCCCCAAGGGCUGGCCCUACGAGAGGAAGAGCUGGUGUAAGGAGCUAUCGGCGGUCAAGUGCACCAGGUUAGUCACCAGCUCCGGUCCCCGCAGGCUGGCUCAGGCCUCUCGAUUCUCAAUCUGGGACAACCCUAGCACUGGCCUCUUCAUUGUCACCAUGACUGGGCUGAAGGAGGAAGAUUCAGGACACUACUGGUGUAGAAUUUACCAUGCUUCCGGCAACUCUGUCUCUAAGUCCAUAAGGUUCUAUCUGACGGUGUCUCCAGCCCCCAUCACCUUUCCAGAGAUGGCCUCCCACCAGCCUCCAUCAAGAGCUCUGAGCACUGCUUCUGCCUCCACGCAGGCCACCCGGGCUUCCCGUGACCUGAUCUCAUCACAGAACCAGAGCUGUGUGUCCUCCACUGGAAGAGCCAGAGAGGCCCCCAGGGCUUCCUCUGCCAUCACUGCCCCUUCACAGCAACAAAACUGCACCCUCCACUGUCACCCUGCAGCCCCCGGCGCUCUGGUCUCCGUGCUCUGUGGACUCCUUCUGGCCAAGAGCGUGGUGUUGUCAGCCCUGCUUGUCUGGGCCUUAAGGAGUCGACAUGCGCAACACAGAGGGAGGUCUCUGAUGUACCCAGCUCGGUCCAGACUCCAGGCCUCAGGGCCCAAGAAGGAUGGCCAGUAUCCCCCAGGCUCCCCGGGGGCGCCUCCCUGACCUCUGAACCCUUCGCUCCUUGCAAAGAAAAGGCGGAAGUCCCCCAGAACUUGAUCCAACACCCUUGGCUACACCCCUCACUCCAGUGUUGAGGAUUUCUCAGCCUGGCCUCCUCCCAAGGUCCAGGCCCACGGCUUGCUCACACACAGCUGGCAUCUGGGCCAGCACCAUCCAGGGAUGGGAGCCGAAGACCAGUGCAGUGGCUGUCCACCAAACUGGAGCCACCACGGUGGGCCACUCUGACCCCACCAUCUUCUCCCCUAGGCCUCCCCCUCAUCCUCCUGCUCCCUGCCUCCUCCUCUUCCUCCUGUCCUUCCCCCUCUUCCCCCACCCCUCCUCCUCUCCUUCCCCCUCCUCUCCCUCCUCCUCCUCCUCCUCCUCCUCCUCCUCCUCCUCCUCCCCUUCCCCUCCUGUCUGUGGCCCCACAGCUCAGCCAGGAUCCCAGGUCACCCCCAGCAUUUCUCUCUCCAUCCCUGUUUGCUCAGCCACACUCUGCCAAGACCUCUGUUCUGCUUCUCUCUGUGGCUUCUGCCUCUUCCUCCUCUUCCUCCCCCUUUGCAAAUCCCCAGCACCUGGCACCUGCACCCAGGCCACUCUUUCAGUCACCUAACUGGCGUCCUGCCUUUGGUCUCCACCUCUUAGAUUGUUCCCCCUUAUCCGUCCUUUCUCAACAACACCUCUGUGCAUUUCUACUGCACAGGAGGUGGGGGCCUCUGCUCUGCCAAGUUCAACCACCCUAGUCACCAUCACCACAUCACUAUGUACCACACUUACUGUCCUUGCAGCCACCAAGAUGGCCACCGGCUCUGGAGAGGAGUCACCCCCCCCCCCCUUGUCCUGCACAAGCUGAGUGGGAGGCUCCACAGUGGAGGCCACCCUGGUCUGACCCGAGGCACUGCCCCUCGUAGGACUGCUGUGUCUCUGACACUUACUAUCUCGGUGUCGGACUUCCCAGACUGAGCCUCUAAAUUUAUCUUUUCUCUCCUGUCCUUCCUCUAUUUUUCUUUAUUCCUACUUUCUGGAAAAGUUUCUCAAGGUUGCAUUCCGGUCCUUCUAUUCAAAGGUUUACCGUUUAUGCUCUCACACCUUAAAAUGUCUAAAGGGUCUAUUUGUUCUCCGAAUGUUCCUUUACGACAUGCGUGUUUGCUUUGGCGACGCCAUUUUUUCUCGGGCAGUGUUAAAGUUUUAACUUUUGAGGGUUGUGGCGGUUUAUUUUUUUAAGCCUUGUCUGUUUUCUGUUUCCCCCAAAUACCUUUUUCUAUCUUUCGUUUUCUCCUUUCGUUGACCGCUGUCUUUCCUCAGAACUUUCUGGAAGCCUCUGCUGCUUCUUGGCAGAGCACCGGUAUUUAAAAGCUCGGAGGCCCUGUGUGUGUUACAGAGAUUUGUGAACUCUACGUUGAUUUGGCAAGGGUGUUGUUACGGGCUGUUAUGUGCCCUCCUCCAUUUAUAUGUUCAAAUCCCAACUCCCAAGGUGAUGAGGGAGGAGCCCUCACAAACGGGAUUCUGCCCUUACAAAGCUCCUGGCAAAGCUCCCUGGCUCCUUCUACUCUGUGACGACGCGGUGAGGGGACAACCCUAUAGGAACCAGGAAGGUCUCACCAGACACACAAUCUGCCAGCAACUUGGCCUUGGACUUUCCAGCCUCCAGAACUGUGAGAAAUAAGAGCUGCUGACGCCCCUCGGUCCGUGGCAUUUUUGUCUCAGCCACUAAGCGGACUAAGACCAGCACCGCUUCGUUUUUUUCUGACGGCUCAGUGUCUCCAAAAAGGUGCUUUGAACCGUCCUCCUGGGGAUAUAAGCCUGGUUCUAGGCACCAGCUGUGGCAAAGCAGCUUCCGUUUUCACUCACUCGGGCCCCAGGUGGAACACAGUGUCCUUCUCCAAGGUGCCCUGGGAGGGCGUCUCUGUGACAGACCCUCGUCAGAGACUACCCUGUGGGUUCUCUGUCGGGAGAGAGAGAGAGAGAGCGAGGAGGGAGAAAGGAUGGGGGCAGCUGACCCACUCACUCUGUCUCAUGGGGGGGCAGAGAAGCUAGGAGCCAGACUGCUUCUCAACCCCAGUCCCCAGCUUGUAGUCUGCGUCCUGAGGUCGCCCCGCCUCCGAUUCCUAAGGCUUCCUGGGUUUCUAAGGUAAAAAAAAGACUUGCUUCUUAUGACUCCCUCCCCCACGUUUCUCUGGUCCAUUAAAGUCGUCCAAAUGUUGCCCAGCUUUAAGACUUCCAUGGAGCUCUCCCUUCAUCCUUGAGGAUGGAUUUAUGCAAUGCUUGCCCAUUUAUCACCACUUCCCUCACACAGCUUGCCCAUCUCUUCAGCAGGAGCAGAGGGGCCUCAAAUUUUCCAUCCAAUCACCCCUUCCAGCUCCCACCACCCUGGGCAGGAAAGAGCGAGAUCCCAGAUCUCCACUUGCUCCUGUAAAGACUCCCGGCCUCUUCUGCACCCUCCAUCACAGCCAGUGCUGGGACCCCCAGACCUGCGGCUUCAUUCCUUCCUUCCCUGCCCACCCUAGUCCCAAAAGCCCGGGGCUCCCUGGUCCGCCCUCAUCACCCAGGAUGGCAUCUCAGUAAGACCUUAUGAAUUCAUCAGAUGAGCCCCAUUUCCCACUCUUCCCCAAAUUCGUGCGUCUUUUUGCUCUGCCCUCUGAAACAUGAGCCCUUGUGAGCUCAACCUCUCUGAACAUCGCCUUCCUAUUUUCAAGGAAAUCUGCACCUCCUAGGAGAACACUGCUCUCUCUGUCGUUCUGGUCCACGGUGGCAUUUCACUCUCCUUCACCA